CUUCUUUCGCGAGCUGCUCAGCGGCCCCCUCGACGCAGGCGCGCGGCGCUGGAGAAGGAGCCCUUCGGCUGCUCAGUCGCUCGCUCUCCGGCUGCUUUGGCUCGUUGGCUGGCUCGGCGCGGCUGGAGGGAAGCAGCCCGAGAUCGCUGGCUGGCCCAGGCGGCCCCGGAGCAGCCAUUUCUCUCACCCUGCAGCUGUCCACCCCGCGUGGAUGCCCAGCCAGGCGCGUCUCUUCGCCCGCCUUUGCCCUCCUUCCCGCGGGGGAAGCCAGACGGACGCCGAGCCUCCCCGGCUGGCUGGAACUCAUCUUUGAGUUGCGGUGACUCUCGGUGCCCGAUUCUUGGGAUUUGGCAGAAUUUGCGGAAGCCUGCAUGCUGCUUCAUGCAGACACACGUUCUGGGUCAUGAAACUUAAUCCACAGCAAGCUCCAUUGUAUGGUGACUGCAGAAUCACCAUAUUGCUUACUGAAGAUGAUCAUGUUGAAAGUGACGAUGUGAUUUUUUACCUCGUUUUUACUGGAUCCGCCCUUCAACACUGCACCAGCACUAGGAAGCUUGAUUCAGGGAGGUUGGAAACAGUUGCUCCAGGUCAUGACUGUUGCGAGACGGUGAAAGUCUCUCUCUGUGCCACCAAGCAAGGUCACCCUCUUUUGGUGGUGGCGGAAGACAGUUUGCAGUUCGUCCAGGAUGAAGCCUACAACGCGGCACAAUUCCUGGCAUCGUGUGCUGGAAACCAGCAAGCAUUAAACUUUACACGUUUCCUGGACCGUUCCAGGCCACCAGCCGGGGACUUAGAUUUUCUGGAUGAGAAAGUAACUUUGGCGUUUCGUCACCUGAAGCUGCCGACCGAGUGGAACGUGUUGGGAACAGACCACAGUCUCAACGAAAAUGUUCCCCGGGAGACGUUGUUGCAUUUUGCAGCCAGACUUGGUUUGCUGCGGCUGACGUGGUUCCUGUUGAAGCAACCAGGGGGCAGAAGCGCCGUGAAGGUUCCCAACAGUGAAGGAGCCACACCGGUGAGCUUAGCCUUGGAGAGGGGCUACCAGAAACUUCAUCACAUCCUGACCAAGUAA